AUGAAAGGUCGUCUUAACGAAAAAUGUGAGAUAUACAGUUUUGGGGUGGUGCUCGUGGAACUAUUAACAGGGAAACGAAUCUUUGACGAAAAUCUUCCAUCAGAUAGUGCGCAAAGGGUAGCCGAGAUUCUUAAGCCUAUAUUGAUUAACAAAGAAAUGAUCAUACACGUCAUGGACCCAAGUAUUCACGGCCAAUAUUCUGUUGCUGCUACACGAGCCGCCUUACUUGCAAACAAGUGUGUCAUGACAUAUGCUAGACAUAGGCCGAAUGCUAAUGACUUGGUUAAUGAGUUGGAGCAGAUUCAACACUUGUAG